AAGUAAUCCUGGAAGUUAAUAAACAGACCACCAGAAAAUCAUGAGAAGUGCAGCCAUGAGCUAAGAUUUAAAUAUGUGUAUGAAUAGCUAUGAUGAACAUUGCAUAAAGAAAUAAAUUGGAAGUCUGAACAAAAGAAAAGUAUAAACUUGAUUAUUAUAGCCUAACAUCAUGGCAUCUAGACUUUCACAAGAGGAAGAAAACUAUGUCAGGAUGAGCUUAUUACUGACGGGAAUAUCUCCUCGUGCAGCACGAGCUUUGUUUGAUCAAGAAUUUGCUCCAUCAUGCUUGGGUUCCUCACUGAAGAAAGAGUACAAUAAACUGAAAGACCUUCAAAAGAAGCGAAUAAUAAACCAGUCUCAGUGGAAACUCCUGACCCCCCGGUCACCUGAUGUACCUGAUUCUAAAACAUUUGAUGUAACUCUAAUAAUAACGUUACUUAGAAACCUGACCCAACUAACCCCUCCUCAUGGUGGAUAUGACCAGUUACCAUCUGAUAAUGAAACUACACCUUCUUCAGAUUUAGCCAGGAUAAAAUACUACAGAAAUUUCCUGGCUCACCUGAAAGAGGGGAAAGUAGACAGAACUACAUUCACCACAGCAUGGAACAAUAUUACUAAUGCUAUCAGACGAUUAGGUGGACAACCAAUGAAACAAGAGUGUGAUGACCUGAAGGUGAAGAUACUGGACCAGACUAAUCAGGAAAUAAUGCUGGACAUUAAACGUUCUAAUGAUGAAAUAAUCGAACUGAACAAGUCUGUGGAGAGCUUGAACAAAUCAGUGAAGAGCUUGAAGAAAGUCAAUGAAGAUAUGAAAACAGAAGUGAACAAGUUAAAAACGUCUCAAGAAGAUACAGUACCUUGGAAUAUUAGGGCACAAAUCAGUCAGAUUCUUGUGGAGUGGAAGGAUAAUGACCACAUGUUUAUACCAACAGAAGCUACCAGACAUGUACUGAAAUGUAUAACAGAGAACAGUUGUGUAACUAUUACUGCUAGUUCUGGUGUUGGUAAGACAGCAAUACUCCGACAUGUGGCAUUACAAAUGGCAAAGGAAGGGUACGAUUUACUUCUAGUGACAGAUCCAGGUGACAUUGUUAAGUUUUAUAAUCCAAACCAGAAAUCAUUGUUUGUUAUUGAUGAUUUAUGUGGAAACUAUUCUUUAAACCAGACCGACAUAAAAGUUUGGGAACCAGUCAUGGAGCGAAUAAAAAAUAUCCUUUCAAAUACACAUGCUAAGAUAAUAGCAGCAUGUCGAUUACAAGUGUAUCAGGAUGACAAAUUUGAAUCUUUAUCGAUUUUCAAAUCAUGUGUGUGUAACCUUUUAUCAGAUAACAUGUGCUUGACAAAAGCUGAAAAAGAGUCAAUAGCUGAAGUUUAUCUUAAAACAAAAGCACCUGAGGUUAUAGAUUAUUAUGAUUUAUAUGAUUGUUUCCCACUUUUAUGUAAAUUGUAUCAUGAAAAUCCUGCACUUAAUAUCACAGAUUUUUUCCAGAACCCAUUUACAGUUUAUAAAGAAGAGAUUGACAAACUACAGAAAAAAGGAUUUUCUUGUAAAUACUGUGCUUUGGCUUUAUGUGUCAUAUUUAACAACAAGUUAAAUGAAGAUAUAUUGACAGAGGAGGUGAAAGAAGAAACAAGAACCAUCAUUGAGAACACUUGUGAGGCAUAUAAUAAAUGUAACAAUGAUGGUUGGUCACCUGUAAUGAGUGCUUGUAGAAAUGGACAAACAGAAAUAGUAAGGAUGUUGUUAGACAUAGGAGCAGAUUAUAAUAAAUGUGACAAUGAUGGUUGGUCACCUGUAAUGAGUGCUUGUAGUGAGGGACAUACAGAAAUAGUAAGGAUGUUGUUAGACAUAGGAGCAGAUUAUAAUAAAUGUGACAAUGAUGGUUGGUCACCUGUAAUGAGUGCUUGUAGUAAGGGACAUACAGAAAUAGUAAGGAUGUUGUUAGACAUAGGAGCAGAUUAUAAUAAAUGUCACAAUGAUGGUUGGUCACCUGUAAUGAGUGCUUGUAGUAAGGGACAUACAGACAUAGUAAGGAUGUUGUUAGACAUAGGAGCAGAUUAUAAUAAAUGUGACAAUGAUGGUUGGUCACCUGUAAUGAGUGCUUGUAGUGAGGGACAUACAGAAAUAGUAAGGAUGUUGUUAGACAUAGGAGCAGAUUAUAAUAAAUGUACCAAUGAUGGUUGGUCACCUGUAAUGAGUGCUUGUAGAAAUGGACAUACAGAAAUAGUAAGGAUGUUGUUAGACAUAGGAGCAGAUUAUAAUAAAUGUGACAAUGAUGGUUGGUCACCUGUAAUGAGUGCUUGUAGUAAGGGACAUACAGAAAUAGUAAGGAUGUUGUUAGACAUAGGAGCAGAUUAUAAUAAAUGUCACAAUGAUGGUUGGUCACCUGUAAUGAGUGCUUGUAGUGAGGGACAUACAGAAAUAGUAAGGAUGUUGUUAGACAUAGGAGCAGAUUAUAAUAAAUGUGACAAUGAUGGUUGGUCACCUGUAAUGAGUGCUUGUAGUAAGGGACAUACAGAAAUAGUAAGGAUGUUGUUAGACAUAGGAGCAGAUUAUAAUAAAUGUCACAAUGAUGGUUGGUCACCUGUAAUGAGUGCUUGUAGUAAGGGACAUACAGACAUAGUAAGGAUGUUGUUAGACAUAGGAGCAGAUUAUAAUAAAUGUAACAAUGAUGGUUGGUCACCUGUAAUGAGUGCUUGUAGAUAUGGACAUACAGAAAUAGUAAGGAUGUUGUUAGACAUAGGAGCAGAUUAUAAUAAAUGUGACAAUGAUGGUUGGUCACCUGUAAAGAUUGCUUGUUUUGAUGGACAUACAGACAUAGUAAGGAUGUUGUUAGACAUAGGAGCAGAUUAUAAUAAAUGUCACAAUGAUGGUUGGUCACCUGUAAUGAGUGCUUGUAGAAAUGGACAUACAGAAAUAUUAAGGAUGUUGUUAGACAUAGGAGCAGAUUAUAAUAAAUGUACCAAUGAUGGUUGGUCACCUGUAAUGAGUGCUUGUAGAAAUGGACAAACAGAAAUAGUAAGGAUGUUGUUAGACAUAGGAGCAGAUUAUAAUAAAUGUAACAAUGAUGGUUGGUCACCUGUAAAGAUUGCUUGUAGAUAUGGACAUACAGGAAUAGUAAGGAUGUUGUUAGACAUAGGAGCAGAUUAUAAUAAAUGUAACAAUGAUGGUUGGUCACCUGUAAUGAGUGCUUGUAGAAAUGGACAAACAGAAAUAGUAAGGAUGUUGUUAGACAUAGGAGCAGAUUAUAAUAAAUGUAACAAUGAUGGUUGGUCACCUGUAAAGAGUGCUUGUAGUGAGGGACAUACAGAAAUAGUAAGGAUGUUGUUAGACAUAGGAGCAGAUUAUAAUAAAUGUAACAAUGAAGGUUGGUCACCUGUAAUGAGUGCUUGUAGUGAGGGACAUACAGAAAUAGUAAGGAUGUUGUUAGACAUAGGAGCAGAUUAUAAUAAAUGUAACAAUGAUGGUUGGUCACCUGUAAUGAGUGCUUGUAGUAAGGGACAUACAGAAAUAGUAAGGAUGUUGUUAGACAUAGGAGCAGAUUAUAAUAAAUGUACCAAUGAUGGUUGGUCACCUGUAAUGAGUGCUUGUAGAAAUGGACAUACAGAAAUAGUAAGGAUGUUGUUAGACAUAGGAGCAGAUUAUAAUAAAUGUAACAAUAAUGGUUGGUCACCUGUAAUGAGUGCUUGUAGUGAGGGACAUACAGAAAUAGUAAGGAUGUUGUUAGACAUAGGAGCAGAUUAUAAUAAAUGUAACAAUGAUGGUUGGUCACCUGUAAUGAGUGCUUGUAGAUAUGGACAUACAGAAAUAGUAAGGAUGUUGUUAGACAUAGCAGCAGAUUAUAAUAGAUGUAACAAUGAUGGUUGGUCACCUGUAAAGAUUGCUUGUAGUAAGGGACAUACAGAAAUAGUAAGGAUGUUGUUAGACAUAGGAGCAGAUUAUAAUAAAUGUCACAAUGAUGGUUGGUCACCUGUAAUGAGUGCUUGUAAUGAGGGACAUACAGAAAUAGUAAGGAUGUUGUUAGACAUAGGAGCAGAUUAUAAUAUAUGUGACAAUGAUGGUUGG